CGCGACACGCGCAACAUGCACGCGCAACUGUCAACGGCGCGCGACUGACAUACCAGAGAAACCCCGUUAUUUUUCUUUUGGAUAUGUGUGUAUAGUCAGACAUAUUACACACUGAUUGUUUCAUUAGCACAGUAAAACCUUUUUUUUUUUCGGAAAUGUUUCGGAAGAGAAAGGAGCUUUCUAAAACGCCUUCAGUUUCAAAGAAGACUCAGUCAGGAAAUCCUGGCACUCAGUGCAGCUCGCUCUCGGUUCUUCAGGAGCAACCUCGCAGAGACCCUGAUGAUGGUACAUCAAUGCUUGCAGUGCCAGAUCUUGCACUUCUGUCUUCAUGCCCUGGCACUCCCUCCACCAUCCACGGUAAGCUCGUGGCAUCAUCCACUGCCAACCUGAAGCGCUCCACAGGACUCAGUCGCCAUGCCAGCGCUGCGGGGUUUCCUUUUCAUACUGCUGGAACCUGGGGCUACAGCAGGACCCAAACGAAGUGCUCUGAGAGCACCGAGGGAACUGUCAUAGACGUGGAGGACAUCCCACCUUUACUGAGGGAUGUGGCACGCUUUGCAGAGGCUGUGGAGAAGCUCAAGGAUGUGGUGCUGUGUGAAGAUAAGGAGUCUCGGAGGGCCGUAGCACAUGAGUAUUUAGGGGAAGUGUUGCGCAUCCUGCGGCAGGUGAUCAGCACCUAUCCUUUACUUAACACAGUGGAAACACUCACCGCCGCUGGCCGACUCAUCUCACAGGUCAAAGGCUUCUGUUACGAAGGCACCAAUGAGACACAGAAGAAGGACUUUGAAAAGGCCAUCGAGACCAUCGCAGUCGCCUUCAGCAGCAAUGUAUCUGAGCUGCUGAUGGGUGAAGUGGACAGCAGUACCCUCCUGUCUCUGCCUCCCACUGAGAAGAGCAGGUCUAUGGAGAACCUGAACACCUGCGGUCUGCUGAUGGGACAGGGUAUGGAGGGAGGGAACCGAUGUGACCAUGACUGUAGGAUGAGCCCCGAACAGGUGGAUAUUCUCCUGCAGCACAGUGAAGGAGGAGUGGACUCAGCUCUGAGCUACGCAAAGGCCAUCGCCAAAUACAUGAAAGACAUCAUCAGCUACGUGGACAAGCGCAUUGCCCUGGAGAUGGAGUUUGCCAAAGGUAUACAGAGGCUGUAUCACUCAAGCAAGCAGAGCUUCACACAGACACCUAUGCCUUUGCUGUCAAUCUAUUCUCUGGCUCUGGAGCAGGACUUGGAGCAAAGUACAGGUGUACAGCAGUCCAUAAACUCUGUGCUCACACACUCCUUUCUACAGCCUCUGAUGCAGCGUAAACAGGAACACGAGAAGAAGCGUCGAGAUAUUAAAGAGCAGUGGCAGAGGGCCAAGAGGAAACUGGCAGAUGCCGAGAACAACCUGCGAAAGGCACGCCAGUGGUACCUGACCCGCUGCGAGGAAUACGAAAAGGCGAGGCUGGUGGCCAAUAAGGUGGAGGAAGAACACAGCGGAGCAGGAAGUGGCUCCACCCACAAGACUCUGGACAGGAAGAGACGACAUGAGGAGGAAGCUCGCAACAAGGCAGAGGAGGCUGAGGCCACGUACCGCACUUGCAUUGCUGAUGCCACCACUCAGCAGCAGGAGCUGGAGGACGUGAAGGUGAACGUGCUGAAACAGAUCCAGGACGUCAUCAGACAGAGUGACCAGAUACUGCGUGCUUGCACCAUAUCGUACUACCAGAUCCUGCACAUGCAGACAGCGGCGCUUCCUGUGCACUACCAGACGCUGUGUGAGAGCUGUAAUCUGUACGAUCCAGGACAACAGUAUGCUGCACAUAUCAAAAACCUGCAGCUCAGCACCGAGCGCGUCACCGUGUUCCAGUUUGAGCCGUACUCCGCCUCAGGCACACAUCAUCCUGUUCGCACACAUUCUGAAAACAUCCCAGACUACCAACAGCAAAGCAGCAUGGAGACUCCAAACACCAACCUGGUGUCCGCAGAAGGGGGCGUGGUCAAGACCAGAAGAGAUCGAGCUCAGCAGGCCCAUAAGUCCUGGCCCUCCACUCUGAGUGACACAGAAAGUGUUGGAGGAGGAAGUGGACUGGGGUCUCCUACCACCAGCUCAGGAGACGUCUCAAAGGUUUCAAGACCCGUGUCAGCUGGAACCUUGUCUUCUAUCGAGGACUUAGAUGACCAAGAUGGCAAUGUGACCUCUUUUGAACAAAGUAUGAAUGGGAUUGAACCAGAGAUGACCGUGUCCACUGGGCCAUUUCGCAACAUGGGUCUGUCCAAAGCUGCCAAGACACAUCGGCUACGGAAACUCCGUACGCCAUCCAAGUGCCGCGAGUGUGACAGUUACGUGUACUUUCAGGGAGCAGAGUGUGAGGAGUGUUUUCUGGCUUGCCAUAAGAAGUGUCUGGAGUCCCUGGCUAUCCAGUGCGGCCACAAAAAGCUGCAGGGCCGAUUACAGCUGUUCGGCCGAGAUUUCUCCCAGGUGCUGCAGGGCGACUCUGAGGGAGUACCCUUCAUCAUCAAGAAGUGCAUCCAGGAGAUUGAGAAGAGAGCACUCAGGAUGAAGGGGAUAUACCGUGUGAACGGUGUGAAGACACGCGUGGAGAAGCUGUGUCAGGCGUUUGAGAAUGGCAAAGAGCUGGUGGAACUUUCUCAAGCAUCUCCACACGAUAUCAGCAACGUACUCAAGCUCUACCUUCGACAGCUGCCUGAGCCCAUCAUGCCCUUCCGCAUGUAUAACAAGUUAAUGGGGCUGGCGAAGGAGAGUCUGUACUCUGACGGCCCAGACAGAGGAGAGGGCGCAAAGGGCCCUGAGAUUCUGGAUCAGGGAGAGCAGACCGACCCUAUGGUGCUCAAUCUGGUAGAGAAACUUCGAGAGCUGCUUAAAGAUCUCCAAGCAGGCAAUAUUGCCACGCUGAAAUACAUAGUACGACAUCUGCACAGAGUGGCUGAGUUGGAGGACGAUAACAAGAUGAGCUUCAGUAAUCUAGGUAUUGUGUUUGGCCCGACCCUGAUGAGACCCAAACCCACAGGCGCCACUGUUUCCCUCUCCUCCUUGGUGGACUACCCUCACCAGGCCCGCAUCGUGGAGGCCCUCAUUGUCUUCCAGGAUCAUAUCUUCAGCCCUUCAGCCUUCUGGCUCACAUCCUCCUCCUCGUCAAGCUUCACCAACCAGGGCCAGGAGGGUACUGAUGAAGCUCAGGAGGUGGAGGAGGAGCAGGACAGGCUGAUCUCAGAGCAGGACUGUGGUAACUCUCUGGGUUCAUCUGGUUCCCGUGAGCGCUCUCUGGACACGGACUCCGAUGGGGAGGACAUGGGGAAGAUAAAUAAACGAUGCCUUCUGGUGAGCCAGGUGAGUGAGACAAGCACUGAGGAUGACCAGAUAAGCCCCAGAGUGAGUCUGGACCUGAGCACGGCCGUCCCAGACACUGUCCCUGAGCAGCCCAGUAACACAGAGGACUUCAGUGGAGCAGAUGCAGAAGAGCUGGUUGACCAGUAGAGAUCAGGGACACCACUUUAAUCAAUCCAUUUCAGUCUGUAAUAGUACUACUUUAACUUUGUUUUUUUUUCCUGAAUAUUAAGCGAGAAGUGUCAAAAGUGAAGAGUCGAGUUACUCUCACGUUAAUCAGCACACUCAGAAAAGUCGUAUGCACUGAAACAUUAUUUUAAUCUUUUUAACAGUUCUGUUUGUGUGAGUAGAAAGUAUGGUUGUGUAAAUAAUGGUGUUUUAUACUCAUCCUUUUUAUACGAAUGUUUUAGGCACAUUUCUGUUUAUAUAUGGAGUGAAUGUAAUGUAACCAACAUGAGUUGAUAAAAA